AUGAAAAACAAGUACUCUCCUAUUUCAGAUUCUGAUGACUCUUCCAAAACGCUCAAUGAUGAAAAGGCAGAUAGUCGGUCGUCUCCUUCAGAUGGUACGCCUCCUCCGUAUACAGCUUCAAACAAAUUUGUAGAUCUAGAAAUGGCUCCUGAAACAGAAGAAAGUUCUAAAAAGAAAAGAUAUCUGACGCCUCGUGAAUUAGCAAUUGUUUUUGCUAUUUUUAUUGUAUAUAAUGUAUGCUUAAUUAUUGCGAGGGUCAUUCUUCUUGUUUACGAAAUUCCGUUUAAUCAGCUUGCCGUUUGGGUACUUUUUGGCGUUUGGUGCGCUCUAUUUCUGUCAUUGACAAUUGUAAUAACUCAAAUGCCUAAAGAAUGGUUCACGCAAGCUGGAAGAGCAACCAAAAAGGUUUUAAAGAAAUCUGGAAGAGCAACCAAAAAGGUUCUAAAGAAAUCUGGAAGAGCAACCAAAAAGUUUCUAAAAAAAUCUGGAAGAGCAACAAAGAAAGUGGCACCAGCUGUGUGUAAAGCCCUAAUUAUACUGAUAAGUUUGAAUGGAGUCGGUGGUUACGUUUUGAAAUUAUCAGGAGGUUUUGAAUAUAUACAUUCAGCUGCGAUGUUGGUUGUUUUGGCAGUACUGAACAUAUGCUUCUUUGUUCUUCUCAUUCAUAACCCAGAUGCAAUUGAAGACCAUGUGCCUACACGUCUAAAUAGAAUUAGCAGGAAUGGUCCACCUCGUAACGAAGAGAUCGAACUUCAACCUCUUGCUGAGCAAAGCGCUAAUGUUUGA